AGUCCCUUGUCUCCCAGCUCUACAGUCAUCAAGUCGUGUAGUGUGCUGGAUUUGGUUUUGAACACUAGGAGCGAGCGGGAGUGUGUGAUAACUGGACUGGAUUCAAUAAGCAGAGCAGUGUUGUGGUGUCCCAAUGGCGACAGACAUUGUUGCACAGUUGGCCGACUCUCUGGCCAAGGCUGGUGUAGAGGAUGGAGAGCUGAGCUACAAAGGCCAGGGAAGAAAGCUGGAUGAUGCCAAGUCAGUGGAGGAGAUGGUUAAGGAGAUCCAGGACUUUGAGGAUUUACAGGCGCUGAGGUUGGAGGGAAACACCGUGGGUGUGGAGGCAGCAAAGGCCAUCGCCAAGGCCCUAGAGACAAAGAGCAAGUUCAAGCGUUGUUAUUGGAGCGACAUGUUCACGGGUCGCCUGCGCUCUGAGAUCCCACCUGCCCUGAACUCACUGGGUGAUGCUCUGAUGCUGGCGGGUGCCAGGCUGACUGUUUUAGACCUUAGUGACAACGCAUUUGGACCAGAUGGGGUGAAGGGCAUUGAGAACUUGCUCAAGAGCACCGCCUGUUACACAUUAGAGGAGCUCCGGCUCAACAACUGUGGCAUGGGCAUCGGAGGAGGAAAGAUCUUGGCUGCCUCGUUGACCCAGUGCUAUAAGAAAUCCAGUGCAGAGGGCGCCCCCCUCGGUCUGAAGGUGUUUGUUGCUGGGAGGAACCGCCUGGAGAACGAUGGAGCCACUGCCCUCGCUCAGGCUUUCCAGUUAAUGGGCAGCCUGGAGGAGGUUCACAUGCCCCAGAAUGGCAUCAAUCACCCUGGUGUGACCGCUCUGGCCACAGCCAUGCAGCACAACGCAGGCCUCCGCAUCCUCAACCUCAACGACAACACCUUCAGUGAGAAGGGGGCUAUCGCCAUGGCUCAGGCCCUGAAACACCUGCGCAGCAUCCAGGUGAUAAACUUUGGAGACUGUCUGGUGCGGCCAGCAGGAGCCAUAGCUAUUGCAGAAACUGUAUCAGAGGGACUUCCGAUCCUCAAGGAACUGAAUCUGGCAUUCGGUGAGAUCACAGAGGAAGCUGCUCUGGCUGUGGCACAAGCAGUCAAGAACAAAGACCAGCUGGAGAAACUUGACCUAAAUGGUAACUGUCUUGGAGAGGAUGGCUGCAAAGUUCUGAAAGACGCCAUGGAAGGAAUGAACAUGGGCGAGCUGCUAGGAUCACUCAGUGACGACGAGGGCGAGCCAGAGGAUGAUGAUGAGGACGAAGAUGAAGAUGACGAAGAGGAGGAAGAUGACGAGGAUGUGGAUGAGGAGGAAAUAGAGGAACUAGAUGAGGAAGAGGAAGAAGAGGAGGAAGAGGAAAGCAAUGGUAUCAAGUUGUCCACCCCUGCAUCAGCACCCCGGCCGCCAGACGUCUCCUCCUUCCUCAGCUUCCCGUCUCCAGACAAACUGCUCAAACUGGGAGCCAAGAGAGCGUUGAUGAUCGAGCAGCAGGUGGAUGUGACAGAUGCUGCAAAAACAGCUGAAGCUUUCCUCAAGAUCGCCUCCGUGUACAAGGAGGAGAAUAAUGAUGUAAAGAAUGCAGUUUUGGAGAGCAUUGAUGCUCUUCUGAAGAAAGCUUUUGCCACCCCGUCCUUCCAGGGCUACAACUUUGUAUCAUCUUUGUUAGUUCUGCUCGGACUUAUCAAGAGUGAGGACAAGGUGAAGCCUGUGCUUGUGGUUUCCGGCCACCUCCACGCCUUGGAGCACGUUGUUCGACAAGACUACUUCCCCAAAGAGAACGUGGCUGUGCUGGAGGCCUUCAUGUCCCGGUAAGGGCGUGACAGAAUGAGCCAAUCAGCAGGCAGCUUCCAGAAACAACAAGGCUCUGGAGUCAUGCGGCAAUGCCAGACACAGCCUCCAGUCAACACUGCAGAGAGUCAGGUCUGAGGGCUGAGGACAAACACACACAGACUGAACUUUGACUGAUCACUGUUGGACCUUUGGAAAGCAGCACACACACAAAUCAGAAGCAAAUAAAGCAGAGCAGCACUUGAGAACAGACUCCUCACUGUGUCACUGCUGUCCUUCACACAUUCAGCAACAAACCUCUUUCUGGACUCUGGACUGGACUUGAACGCUUUGUGUUUUGAAGUAGACUUAUGCUUUUAUGGUGUGGACUAACUGCAGUGCUUUGUGUACCGUAUACUAAUAUAACCACAGAACGGCACUUUGGUGCAAACCACAAAAGCUUUGACCAGAAUCGAUCUGGGCUCAAAGCUUCAGCUGUGUACAUUUUCUAUUUCAUAUCUACAUUUUACUAUUCUCUUGUUUUAUAUUAAAUGUUUAUUGAAUUCCAUAAUAUGGUCAAACAAUGGCGUUAUUAAAAUAUGUAUUGACUGAUAAAUAUUAUCAAAAUAAGACUGUAAAGUACAAUAGAACAAUCAAAAGGGAUGAAAUAUGAUUAAAUGUAUAUUCUGCCUUUUAAGGAAGCUUUUGGAUUGAUGUUGCAAAAAAUAAAGCUGGUUUGAAUGUUG